AUGACGUCAUUAAGAGAAAAAAAAAACGAUGAAAAAAAACAUCGGCGAGAUGAUGGAAUUGAAAUCGUUGAGAUAAUAAAAAAUUAUCCGAGUAAAGGUAAAUGGAUAUCUCCGAUGGAUGCCAACAAGAGGAAAAGAUUGAAAGAAGAAGAAGAAAAUGGUUUUUACAAGAACCAUAAUCCGGAAGAACCGUUUACGUCGUACGAAUUCGGUAGAUCGUCAUCCGUUAUAAGUCUGGAUUACGGUUUGGUGUCGCCGAGUAGAAAAAAAAAUUGGUUUUCGCCUCCUCAACGAAUAGAAAGAGCUCUGAACAGGGAGUGGUCGCCGGGCCGUGUCAUAGACCGGCCAAACCCAGAAAACUCUCCAGGAAACUGGAUAUCGAUAAAGGAAUCUUGCCAACAACAAUCACCACCAAUGGCCGCCGGCUGUUUUACUCUACGCACGGAGCCAAAAACGAUUUCGUAA